AUGGCUGUGUAUAUCCGGAAGCUUUCCUUGAAGAUUCCUCCACCAUCUGAAAAAGACUGGCUAAGGGAAGAUGAGGACAAUUUCUUUCUGCAGGAUCCCGAUCGAAAGCAGGAUGCGUUGCCUCAGCCCUUCAGGAUGGUCAACAAACUGGUGAUGCUGGUUUUCGAGAAUGCUAUGGAAAUCAUUGAAAGAAAGGAGAUGCUCCGAGAAGCAGAAAAACUGAAGGUCCAGCCCACAAAAUGCUUCCCUACAGCUGAAUUUCAGGUAACAGGAAGAGCCAAUUGUCUUGCAGUGUCUGGAAAAUACGUCUUUGUUGGUCUGUCUGUGGGUCUGGCUGCCUUCAAUGUGUCUGACUGUAAGGAGGUCGGUGCUUGGGAUGAAGUCAAGACAGAGAUUUGUGCCAUCCAUGCAUCAGAUUUGGGGAAUGAGCGCCAUGUCCUGCUUGCUGUGGAUGAAAUGGGGCUUGUCUGGCUCUUCUGCUUUCACAAGGAAAGCUUUCUACUCAUUAAAAUCCUAAAUGAAGUGGAGGAUAUCAGCAAGCGAAGUACUUGCGUGGAGGUAGUUCUCUCCCAGGGAGGUGAUUACGCCGGUGUCCUGCUGCAAGACAGCACAAAAACUUGGCUGGAGAUCUACCAAUUGCCUAAGGAUUCCUGGCUGAAGGAGAUGGAAAAGAGCUUGGGAGCCUCAGCAGAGCUGGCUUACAGGGAGAGGACAUCAAGCUGGACAUCUGUGAACAGUCUGGACCUGCGUGAAGAUGGUUCUGCAGCGAUUGUAACUCGCCUCAACAAAAGUCCUGAGCUGUUACAGGGAAUUUCAAAAGAGUCUACUGUAUCUGUGAACAAAGGUGAUGCCAAGCUGAGUCUCCCAGUGCUGCUGCUGAAAGUGAAGCCACCCAAACCCGUUACAGGCAGUAGUUUUAAAAGCCCUUUGGAUGCCUUGAAGAAAGUAAAUGAUGGCAGUAUGCUUGGCUUGGGGUUCAAUCACCUAAUCAAGGACUCCCAGUGGGAGCAGCAGGAAGCAAUCUUUCGGAGCACUUAUUGGGAGUAUCUGGAGGCUGAGAGUGAGAGACAGAGCAAGGAGGAAAUCCCCAGACAUGCUACUUUUCAUUUUCUCCUGCCUAGCCCGAUACUACAGGUGGGACCUGAAGUGAAAGUACAGCCAGAUGUUCCAGCUGGCAUCAGUGUGCACUGGGAUGGAAGCCACAAUCUCUGCUUGUACUUACUUAACUGUCCGCUCAAAGAGAAAGUGGACUCUGAUCCAAAACCUGAUAUUGUGUGGCCAUGUGCAGCUCCAAUUGCAUGCUCGGCUGUCAGUUCCUGCUCCAGAUACGUAGCACUGGCAUGUGAAGAUGCAACAAUAACCAUUUGGGAUAAACAUCUAGGAUACCCACUGUCUGUGACUGCGAUUCUAGAGGAACGUGUCAUCUGUAGUAUCCACUUCCUGCAGAGUUCUGCAGCUGCAAGCAGUGAGACACCUCGUUCUGGUACAGACCCUGCCUUUCCCAUCGUGCAGCUUUUAGUGCUCUGUACAGACAGCUCUUUCUAUUUGGUGAAAGCACCCACGGCCGGGAAGUCCAGCAUCACCCUCCUUGCAGACAGGCCUGAAGAUCCAAAUCUUGCUGUCAGUGCGGCGGUGCCUGUCCUGGCAUUCCCCAGUGCAGCCCUCUUCUUCUCCUGGGAUGGCACAGUGUCCCUGAUGAACACUGCCACAUCACAGAUUGUUUACUGCUUCUGUGUUCCACCUUCUCAUGCGGUAGCAUGCCCUUGGCAGCCAGUGUUCGUAGUGGAUAGCGUGAAUUGGUGCUUACUGCUUCGAGGAGAUGAGCAGCAGCAGGCAGAUGCGUUAGCACAGAGCACAGCUGGUUGCAGCACCGUCUUCCUUUUUGACUUCCGCUCCUACCCACUGAAGGAAGCUUUCCCAAAGGAACCAGAUUUACCUUUCAAAUCCUUGCAGAACCUUACAUUGGCUGAGAGAUGUAACAUUUUCUUAUGUGAUAGGCAGCAGAGUCUGCUGGGACUUGAGGAGCAGUUGCCUGAGUACUGGAGUCAGCUGCAGGCACAAGCAGCUGCCAUGGACAAGGAGAGACAGAAGGUGAAGGGACAGAAGAAGCCCUAGUCAGCCUUGCAUCCUGAGGGGAUGACUCUGCGCUAUCACAGUCCUGCAGACCCAUGAUCCAGCACUGAUAUUUUGACAGCAACUCUAUUAAAAUCUAUCCUAGUGCUUUCCAGCUUGGGGCAAUUUGUUAUCUGAAACAGCUACUGGCCUGCCGCUGCUCCGUCACAAGGAUCCGUGCCCUGCCUUUCUCCUUACCUAACCCUCUGCCUGUUCCAGCAGGGCUCAGCCCCUCUUCAUCAGAGACAAACACUACUGAUGGAAGACUCUUGAGGUAGGAAAGGCCUCUCACUGAGUUGGCAGGCCCAGCACCCUUGUGGUUCAUCUAAGGAUUUGUGCUGGAUCUCUGAGUCCUCCUGGAGACCUGGAUCAUCAGAGCUGUACGGUACGUUACAAUGUCCCUCCUUAA